AUGGCGGAAGCUGCCAAAGGAGCCAAGGGCAAGGGCAAAACAAGCAGCAGUGGCUAUGGCGACGAGCUUCAGCAUGACCAAGGGAGGCACGAGGCCUUCGGUGACCUCUUGACUGCGCAACUUUGCCAGGCAAUCAACGGCGGUGCGACCGCACAGGCUGAGGAUCUCUUCAGUCGUUUGGACAUCGAGCUGCGUCGACAGGACUCGGCUCGCCUGCAGAGCUAUGUGUCCGAGCAGGAGGCAGCUGCUGUGGCCGCCUUGCCUGAUGGCUCUGACAGCUCUGGGGACGAAUGCAAGGAAUGCAAGACAAAGCCAUCUUGA